CUCCUCCUCUCCCCUUUAGAAGGAGCAGAAUGAAACUGGUGGUCCUUCCUUGCUUGGCCUUGCUGCUCCACACAGUCGAGGCCCUGCGAAUCUGCGCCUUCAACAUCCGGAGUUUUGGAGACACCAAACUGUCGGACCAGAGCAUCUCCCAAAUUAUUGUGAAGAUCCUGUCCCGGUAUGACAUCAUCCUAGUGCAAGAGGUGCGGGAUGCCGAUCUCAGCGCAGUCCAGGAACUCAGGGAACGACUCAACAGGGCAUCCAAGCACUCUUAUGACUACGUGGCCAGCGAGUCGCUGGGUCGGGAGAACUACAAAGAGAUGUAUCUCUUCCUCUACAGGACAAGGAGCCUCUCCCUCAUGGACGAGUACCAGUAUCCCAACCCCGACGGCGCCUUCAGCAGGCCUCCGUUCGUUGUGAGGUUCGCUGCUUCCAGCUCAGAGGGGAGUGAGCUGGUGCUGGUGCCCCUUCAUACCCCUCCGAAUGAGGCUGUGGCAGAAAUUGAUGCUCUCUACGACGUCUAUCUGAAGAUCAUUGACAAGUGGGAGACUGACAACAUAAUGUUCCUGGGAGACUUUAAUGCCGACUGCAGCUACGUGGGAAAGAAAGACUGGAACUCCAUCCGCCUGCGCACCAGCGAGGUUUUCAAGUGGCUCAUUUCAGAUGACACAGAUACCACCGUGGGCAACUCUGACUGUGCCUACGACAGGAUUGUUGUGAGUGGCUCAAGACUGAGGAAGUGGAUUGAGCCCAAGUCCGCCAAAGUAUUUAACUUCCAGAGAGCUUUCAAGCUGAGCCAACAGGAGGCUCUGGCUGUCAGUGAUCAUUUCCCGGUGGAAGUGCGGCUGAAGUCUGCCUGAACCUACCUGCUGCCCUGCCUUAUGAGGGUGGGCCAAGAGGGGUCACAAGGGCUCCUGCCCCCACCACUCUGCAGGCACCAACAUCACGCUCCCAACCUUGCAAGUUGCCUACAGAUUUCCAGCUGGGCCUCAUGCUGACUGGGAAGUGGGCUUCCGCAGAACAGCUUCUUCAAAGUUUCAGCGAUGGAAAUGCAGCCAAGAAUGAACUUGGGUUUCCUGCAGGCUACAACUGCUUCACCCUGAGCACCAGCUGCUGCUUCCCACUUCCCCGGCCGGGUCUCCCACCAGCCAACCAGCCAGGCCUUCUCCUUCCAUACAUCUGGAGGGCUCCAGGCGGGAAACGCUGUGGUGUGGUCCUGCAGGGGGUUGGGGAGAUACAGCACGAAUCCUUACUUGGCUAUGAAGGUCUCUGGAGAACUCUGAGAGCGUAACUCUCUCAGCCUUGCCUACCUCAUGUAACAGUGGGUGGU